CCGUAUAUAUAAAGGGACCCAUAUUCCUGAAAGUCCCAAAUCAUUCAUUAGCUAUGUCAAAUUUCUCAUACCAACCUUCUUCCAUGGAUAGCUCCGUAGCACCAGUUAUGAUUAAUGAUGGUCAGAAGGAGACAAGGCUGGUCUCCACCAAGCAAAAAUCCUCCAGAGGUGGCUGGAAUGCUGCCAUAUUUGUCAUCUUUGUUGAAAUGGCUGAGCGCUUUGCCUACUAUGGCCUCGCUGGUAACCUCAUCACGUACCUCACAAAUGAACUCCACGAGCCAUUGACCACUGCAGCUAAGAAUGUCAACACUUGGAUUGGCGUCUCAACUCUCUUCCCUAUACUCGGUGCCUUCAUCGCUGAUUCCUACUUGGGCCGUUUCAACACCAUUAUUAUCUCCUCUGUCAUCUUUCUCUUGGGAACAGUUCUAUUGACUUUAUCAGUCUCAGUGUUUCCUCUGCAUUUGCGUAAAGCAAUGUCUUUUUUAGCCCUUUACAUAUUAUCAGUCGGCGAAGGUGGCCACAAACCAUGUGUGCAAACCUUUGCUGCAGACCAGUUCGACGAGGUCACACCAGAGGAGAAGAAGGAAAAGAGCUCAUUUUUCAACUGGUGGUAUUUGGGGAUAGUUGCUGCUGCGACUUCUGCCUCACUGGUUGUAAUAUAUGUGCAGGAUAAUAUUGGAUGGACAGAAGGAUUUGGAAUACCGAUAGGAGUGAUAGCCGUGGCAUUAGCAAUAUUUUUACUAGGAAUUAAGAAGUACCGGAAGGAGGGUCCCAUGGGCAGCCCUUUCACCGGGGUGGCACAAGUGUUUGUCGCGGUGGCUCGGAAGUGGCGCGUGGAUGAGACACGCCAUGGUAGGGGUGUAUACUAUGGGGUCCCGUCGGAGGGUCAACCUAACACAUGGAUUUUCGCCAGGACUGAUCAAUUCAGGUUUUUGGACAAGGCAAUGAUCAUUGACAACAUUGAUACAUCUAGCAAAACCAGAAAUCCUUGGAGGCUAUGCUCACUAAAUCAAGUGGAAGAAGUAAAGCUUGUUCUCCGCCUCAUCCCCAUAUGGUUUAGUUGCAUAAUGUUCACUGUAGUCCAAGCUCAACUUCACACCUUCUACAUCAAGCAAGGUAGUACAAUGAUCCGGUCAAUAGGACACUUUCAUAUUCCCCCAGGAUCACUUCAAGCCUUAGUAGGCAUCACAAUCCUUUUUGCCGUUCCAUUCUAUGAUCGAGUUUUUGUCCCAAUAGCCAGAAAAUUUACAGGACACCCAUCAGGAAUUACAGUGCUACAAAGAAUAGGAGUUGGACUAUUUCUAUCCAUACUCAACAUGGUUGUGUCAGCUCUAGUAGAAGCCAAAAGGGUCAGCAUUGCAAAAGAAUAUAACCUCAUGGAUAACCCUAAAGCAACAAUUCCAAUGACAGUUUGGUGGCUUCUUCCACAAUACGUGAUUUGUGGUUUAUCUGAUGCAUUUGCAGUUGUGGGACUCCAAGAAUUGUUCUAUGAUCAAAUGCCAGAAGCACUGAGAAGUAUGGGAGCUGCAGCAUAUAUUAGUGUGGUUGGAGUUGGAAGCUUCAUUGGCAAUGCUAUUAUAUCUGUUGUGCAGGCAAUUAGCUCAAGGUCUGGUGAUAAAUGGCUUGGUAACAAUCUUAAUCGUGCACACCUUGACUACUACUACUGGGUCCUAGCAGGGUUGAGUGCUUUGAGUUUGUGUGUUUAUGUAUGCAUUGCUAUGCGCUUUGUCUACAAAAAGGUGGAGGAGGUUGAAAAAACCAACGGGGGAAGGUGGGUUAUAAUGAGCACCACCAAUGGAGAAUUUUAAGACUAGAGGGGCAUGCUACAUAAGUAGGUUAAUUAACAAAUAGAAAUAUCUCAUUCAUAGUUUUUUACUUUAUGCUCCAUCAACUGCAACAUGUUAUAUGCUUAAUAUUUCUUCCAUCUUAAACCUUGAUUAAGAAAAGAAAAAAAAAGGGAGAAGAUUAACAUGGGACAAGUUGUGAUUGGUAGAGCAUAGAAUGAAACUCUGAAAGUUGGAUGGAAAAUUUUUAUUGUUAAUUAACAUUUUAAAAGAACCAAAUUAGGAGUAAAAUUUAUUUGGGGGUGAGUUUUGGAUAUAGCAACCAGUGGUUGUUUUAGAUAUACUAGUAAAUAUGUAUGUGUUUGCAUGCCAAGAUAGUGUGAAUAAUAAUAAUAAAAUAAAAUU